AUGUGUUCUGAAUCUCCUACUAACAACUCGUCUCUCUCUCCUCGCUCCACCGCGAGCCCGCUCAAUUCAUCAGUUCCGUUUAUCCCUAUAUCUACGCUUGUCCCUCAAACGGCAGAUAGUGGCAGUCUUCCACCACCUGUUUUCAUGUCGACCGCCGCAAUGUCUACGUCUCUCCCAACGCUUGGCCUUCGGGGUGAAUACAACCCAGAACUUCGGAAACGCGAUGAAUGGCCCAGGCUGGCUACCAGUCUCACUGCUCUUGGGACAAUGAAAGAAGCUUCGCUGGGAUCCCCGAAAACAGAUUUCAGUUCUCUGUGGGCUGCUCGAGAUGCCGAUUUUAACUUCGAACUUACCUACCAAAACCGAACCCUAUCAACGUUUGAUCUCCUUCAUCAGAUACACUCCAUCAGGCUGAAUGCGCUCUUAUUGACUCCAAGUCGACUACACGUAACUACAAGACAUCAGACUGCAACCGCAAUCCAGAAGUUCACUGAGGCUAACAAGAAUUCAUUGGGAGUGAUUGUGUACUUGAUGGAUGCGAGAUCGUCCGGUAACGAACAGGUCGAGGCAGUGCAGUCUCUCAAUGCACUGCACCAUUGCCUUUCACUGGGCUUCGCAGAACCACCGCCUGUUCUUGUUGUGUCUGAUGCAUCUUAUCUUCUAGAUUGCAUAGGCGCUUACAUGAAGAGUGUCUCACGGGCCAACCCG